AUGAGAGAUAGCGAUGGCGUCCCGCGCUCGCACCCGUCGAACCUCCCGCUGCCGACGCCGCAGUCCGACCCGAACCUACAGUUCUCGGGGACGGACGAUGACUCUUCGAACCGGAACAGCAGCUCUUCCGCGACGGGCGGCGCGAGCCCCGGGUUCUACUCCGACUACCCGACCAGCUUCAGCGGCGAGUGCUCGCCGUACAACAUGUCCCCCUGGAACCAGACCAUGGCGUCCCCCUGGUCGCACCACAGCGAGGCGUCCAUGGCAGGCCACGGCGGCGCGCCCACCAUGGUGCCAGGCACGAGCCUCAUCGGCUCGCUCGUGAGGGAGGAAGGCCACAUCUACUCGCUCGCCGCCAAGACCGACACGCUGUACACCGGCUCGGACAGCAAGAACAUCCGCGUCUGGCGCAAGCAGAAGGACUCCGGCGGCUUCAAGUCGUCGAGCGGCCUCGUGAAGGCUAUCGUCAUCUCCGGCGAGCGCAUCUUCACUGGCCACCAGGACGGCAAGAUCAGGGUGUGGAAGGUGUCGCCCAAGAACGGCCUGCACAAGCGCGUGGGCAGCCUGCCGCGGCUGCGCGACUUCCUACGAGGCUCGCUGAACCCGUCCAACUACGUCGAGGUGCGCAAGAACCGGACGGCGCUGUGGAUCCGGCACAGCGACGCCGUGUCGUGCCUGAGCCCGACGGACGCGGCGCAGGGCUUGCUCUACUCGGGGUCAUGGGACCGCACCUUCAAGGUGUGGCGCAUCACCGACUCCAAGUGCCUCCAGUCGGUGGUGGCCCACGACGACAACGUGAACGCCAUCGUGGCGGCGUUCGACGGGCUGGUGUUCACCGGCUCGGCGGACGGCACCGUGAAGGUGUGGCGGCGGGAGCUGCAGGGGAAGGGGACCAAGCACGUGCCCGUGCAGACGUUGCUGAAGCAGGAGCACGCGGUGAACGCGCUCGCCGUGAGCGCCAUCGCGCCGGUGCUCUACUGCGGCUCCUCCGACGGGCUCGUCAACUUCUGGGAGGGCGACCGCCACCUCGUCCACGGCGGCGUGCUGCGCGGGCACAAGAAGGCCGUGUUCUGCCUCGCCGCGGCCGGCGCCCUCCUGCUCAGUGGCUCCGCCGACAACACCAUCUUCGUGUGGCGGCGGGACGGCGGCAUGCACUCCUGCCUCUCAGUGCUCACGGGCCACACCGAGCCCAUCAGGUGCAUCGCCGUCGUCGAGGACAACGCCGAAGGCGGCGAGGCCAGCGGCGCGGGCGGGUCGGCGCCGCGGUGGAUCGCGUACAGCGGCAGCCUCGACAAGUCGAUCAAGGUGUGGCGCGUGUCCGACGAGGCGCCGGACGCGCUGCUCCAGGGCCCCGGCGCCGGCGACGCGCCGCAGAUGUUCGACCGGUAUCCCGGCGACCCAUUCGGGGCCGGCAGCUCGUCGAGGUCGUUCCGCUAA